GUGCUGCAGGCCAAUCUUAAAAACUCGUCCACGCUUAAAUACGCUCGUUUCAGAAGUUCCUAUAAUAUUAAGCAUAACAUAAAAUAGUACAAAACUAGUACGACUACUUAAAAGCCACUAACUAUCGUCGAUGGUCUAUGCAACCAAUGCCACAACACAACCCCUAAAUAAAAUACAAUUCGAAAUUCACUUCACACGGAAAACAACAAAAUGAAUAAAAACAUCGAUUCAAAGCGUUGAAGCUGCGCAAUGCCUCUUUGAAGCGAAUGUGCUGCAGGGAAGACUAAGAGAAUCAGAACAGCUGACAACCAACCCGUUCCGUACGCGUCAUACAGUACCCCGAGGACAGCAGAGCAUUAAAUGGCUAAAGAACCAAUAGAAUUGUUUCAAUAAUGCUAAAGACGACGGCUCUCCAAUGUCCAGUUCUGAUGUGGAAACUUUCAAAGGCAAAAUAGUUUACAAUAUCGAUGGCAGCGCAUAUAUUAUCGAUGCUGAUAAUGCCAAUGGAUGUGAAUCUGUUUCUGUCUCUCUCCAAAGUUCAGAUGCCUCAACAUCGACACUAGUGAAAAGACCACCGAAGACUAAAGACCGAAGACCGGAAAAGGAGGAAGACCAACAGCCACAGGAACAGAAACAUAAACAGGAAGAGGAUCAGGACGACGCUGAUGCUGAAGCUGAAGCUGAUGCUGGUGGUGCUCCUGCUGGGGGAUUUGGUUAUAAAUCAAGUCCAAAGAUCCAUUCCUUCCGCGUUGUGUCCGCGCAAGAUGCAAAUACAACUUGCCCGGAUCCGAAUGGAGCACUUAACAUUCAAAAACCAAUUUUAAUGUGCUUUAUAUGUAAACUAUCAUUUGGCAACGUGAAAUCAUUUAGCCUGCAUGCGAAUACAGAGCACAGACUCAAUCUGGAAGAGCUCGAGCAGCAGCUACUGAAUCGCGAGUACUCCAGUGCCAUUAUCCAGCGUAAUAUGGAUGAGAAGCCGCAGAUAUCCUUCCUGCAGCCCCUGGACAUUAAUGCCACUUGUGCUGUCGAGAAGCUUAUACUUGCCACCGAUGCACAUUGUACUCCUCUGGCUUCUGAGUCAGAGGUCAGUCAUGAUCUUUAUGAGCAUGAAAACGAUCGUGGUCAGGAAAAAGGAGUAGCGCAAGAGAAAGAGCAAGACUCAGAGCAUAAUCAGGAUCAGGAUCAGGAUCAGGAUCGGGAUCGGGAUCAGGAUCAGGACCAUGCUAAUAGAAAAAGAAUGGCAGCACCUAGUGCCAAUCUCGCAUCAUCAUCGACUAAAGUAGCAGCGAAAUCAGUAACUGUGAAAUUUGGUUCCUUAAACUCAGCAACAGCUAAGACUAAUAAUCUAUCAAAAGUAUCCUCAUCAAGCUCACCAGCAUACGCAUCCGCAACCGUGGUUGAGGGAGAGGUCCCAUUACCUAGUACUGAUAAUAUAAGUAAAAAUAAGUCAACGAAUUGUAGACAAGGAAUAGAGCCGCCAACAACAUCAUAUGGAUAUCUGAAUGAUGCCAAGAGUCAGAGCCCAACAGCUUCUGUUUGCACUUCACCUCAACCAAACGAGUCGGAUACAGCAGGCGCAGAUUUCUUGCAACUGCAACAGGUGGCUGCGGCUGUUAGCAUAUUUCCUCCCGAAGUCAGUUCCUUCCAUGCCUCCUUGGCAGCGCUGGCCGCCAACGAACCAAAUGCCAAUAGGGUCAAGCUUCUCACGGAGUUUCUUCAACAGCAGCUGCAGCAGCAGCAGCAGCAACAGCAACAGCAACAGAGUUCCUUGUUCCCCAGCUUAUGUCCCGACCAUCCCGACUUCAAGGGGGUGGAUUGCAAGACUUGCGAGCUCAUUGAUAUCCAACAACGGGUUAAAUCGCCGCCCCCAUCGCACCAAAACCAGCACCAGCAUCUGUCUCUGGCUCAAUCUCAGUCUCAGCCUCAGCCACAUCGCUCUCCUAACAGCAACAGUGGCGGUCUGGCCAUAUCGCCCAGCUCCUCAUCGGUGGCCAGCGUUGGAAAUGCGUCUGGUGCGGCUUCCAGCUUCACAAUCGGAGCGUGUUCCGAGCACAUCAAUGGGCGACCCCAAGGAAUAGACUGUGCCCGCUGCGAAAUGCUGCUGAACUCGGCUCGACUCAAUAGCGGCGUCCAGAUGUCUACCCGAAACUCGUGCAAGACGCUUAAAUGUCCCCAGUGCAAUUGGCACUACAAAUAUCAGGAGACUCUGGAGAUACAUAUGCGUGAAAAGCAUCCUGAUGGUGAAAGCGCCUGUGGCUAUUGCCUAGCAGGACAACAGCAUCCUCGGCUGGCCCGUGGCGAGUCGUAUUCAUGCGGCUAUAAGCCAUACAGAUGUGAGAUAUGCAACUACUCAACGACCACAAAGGGUAACCUAUCGAUACAUAUGCAGUCAGACAAGCACCUGAACAACAUGCAGGAGCUGAAUAGUUCCCAAAACAUGGUUGCUGCUGCGGCGGCAGCAGCUGCGAGCGGGAAGUUGCUGCUGUCCAGCUCAUCGACACAAGCAUCUGCUGCCAGCCAACAAACUGUUCUGGGCUCAAGCGCAAGCGCGAGCACCGCUGUCAUUUCUAACAGCGUUGGGGGAAAUUCGGCUAUGGGUGCGACUCCAACGCCUGGUUGCACGGGUGUGGCUGUGGCCAGCGGAUGCGGCAGCGUCAAACCGAAGCCCUCGUUUCGGUGCGACAUCUGCAGCUACGAGACUUCCGUUGCCCGCAAUCUUCGAAUCCACAUGACUAGUGAGAAGCAUACGCACAACAUGGCUGUGCUACAGAACAACAUAAAGCACAUACAGGCAUUCAACUUCUUGCAACAGCAGCAGCAGCAACAACAAGGUGCGGGGGGUAGUACUUCAGGGUCAAGUGCUAGUGGUAGCUUCAUGCCGGAGGUGGCAUUGGCUGAUCUGGCCUACAACCAAGCGCUCAUGAUUCAACUCCUGCAUCAACAGCAACAACAGCAGCCAUCUAAUGCAAAAAUGUCGCCCACAUCGUCCUCGCCAGUUAGCUCAACUGAUCAGUUUUCAUUUUCCCCAAAGGCCAUGAAGCAUGGUCAUGGAAUGGGAAUGGGCUUGGGGAUGCCAAUGGGAAUCGGCCAUUCUAAUGAGGCAUCUGGUGAAUCGGGGAGCGAUGCUCAUCCACUGGCGAAGCCAGAUAUGUGGCCCACGGCGCUCUACAGUUGCCUAAUCUGCGACUCCUUCAGCACAAACAAUUUGGACGAUCUGAACCAGCAUCUGUUGGUGGAUCGAUCUCGACAGUCCUCGAGCGCAUCCGCUGACAUAAUGGUCAUACACAACAACAACUACAUAUGCCGGCUCUGCAACUACAAGACGAACCUAAAGGCCAACUUCCAGCUGCACAGUAAGACGGACAAGCAUCUGCAGAAACUAAACUUUAUAAACCACAUUAGGGAGGGCGGAGCCCGUAAUGAGUACAAACUGCAGUAUCAGCCUCAGCUUACUGCCAACGUCGUUCAACUGAUGUGCAACUGUUGUGACUUUCACACCAAUUCCAUACAGAAGCUGUCCAUGCACACACAGCAAAUGCGACACGACACAAUGCGGAUGAUUUUCCAGCAUUUGUUGUACAUUACGCAGCAGAGUCGAAUGCAUAAGGAGUCGCCGUCGUGCACGGUAUCUGACGAUGCUCUAUGUCCUUGUCCGGAUGAAGACCAACAAUCGAUUACAACGAUCGAGAAGGUUCUCAUUUGCCAGCUGUGCAGCUAUGCCGCCAAAAAUCUGUAUGAAAUGGUUCAGCAUGUGAAGGGCAUACGGCACAUGCAGGUGGAGCAGUUCAUUUGUCUGCAGCGUCGUAGUGAGAACCAGGAGAUGCCUGGAUUAAACGAGGUAUACAAAGUGACUGAACGGAUCCGUGGUAGCGAAGAUAUAAUUUUUGAAGCUGGCUUCAAUAUAGCAACAACCGCACCGGUUGGGGGAUCAUCAGACGUCGGCUCUGCAGCAGCAACAGCGGGAUGUUCGGUCGCCGCCGCUGCAGAUAGCAACAUAUUAUCUCCAAAGUCUACCUCAAGUUGCUCGACAUCGUGUGGCAAGAGUAUAGGUCGCACUGCGUCUCCAAGCAUAAAUGACUUUAGUUUGAGUGCUUCAAGCAGCAUUCCCACCACAGUUUUCAAGUGCAAUUUGUGCGAGUACUUUGUGCAAUCGAAGAAGGACGUGGCCAGCCACAUUGAAUCAGUGCACCCGGGGGCGGAGGGUGACGACUUCAUGAGUAUACCAACCAACACGGCAGCUCUGCAAGCCUUCCAAACUGCUGUUGCAGCUGCAGCCUUAGCGGCGGUCCAACAACGCUGCAGUGCCAUCCACAUGCCUAGAGAAGCAGAUACGGAUAUGGAUCCUUGCAUAAGCGACUGCCCCAUAGACAUUAAGCGUGAGCGUCUCGAAGUGGAUGACGAUCCAAUGACGGGUAUAGAGGACAAAAAAUCAACAGCCAGUCUAAAUGAGGAGGCGCCAAAAUCGUCGGCAACAAAUACAACACCUACAGCACCAACGGGUGUGCAGUGUCCCCUCUGUCUAGAAAAUGGUUUCCGAGAGAAGAAAUUGCUUGAGACCCAUUUAACGGGCGUGCAUAGCGUCACCAAAGAUGGCCUCUCCAGGCUCUUGCAGCUGGUCGACAGUAAGGCCUGGAGUGUAGCCACUGAUUUCCCAUCUCUAACCGCAACUUCGAGUAUUACAUCCCAUUGCACUUCCAAAUUGGAAGACUGUGCGACAACCACGGGGAGUGUAAAUACCGAAGACUGUGAGUCGAAUAGGAUCCCUGCUGCCGCAGCAGCCAUCUCCACCGCAAGCUCAGCUGGAAUGCAAGGACUCUCUUGCCAGCAGUGUGAGGCCAUCUUCAAGCACGAGGAACAGCUGUUGCAGCAUGCACAACAGACGCAACACUUUCCAGAGCAGAAUGGAGAGUACAUCUGCCUCGCGAGCAGUCACAUCAGCCGUCCCUGCUUUAUGAGCUUCAGCGCACUCUCGGCAAUGAUCACCCACUUUAAGGACUCUCACAUGAGUCUAGUUAUCUCGGAGCGCCACGUCUACAAAUAUCGUUGCAAGCAGUGUUCCCUAGCAUUCAAAACACAGGAAAAACUUACCACACAUAUGCUCUAUCACACAAUGCGCGAUGCCACAAAGUGCUCCCUGUGCCAUCGCAACUUUCGUAGUACACAGGCCCUGCAGAAGCACAUGGAGCAGACGCACUCCAACGAUGGACCUGAAACUGGAGUUGCGGCUGGCAGUACCAGUACGAAUAGUCCCGGACCACCAACACCAACACAAAGCUACUGCGAGAUAGGCAAAUUAUCAUCGGGGGAACGAGAGCCCCCCAUGGCCAGUAACCCAGGGCCAAAAUCGAAUGACACCUCACGGCGUUCACUAUCACCGCUGAGAUUAGAGAUGAAAUACACUAAAGAGACGGCGCAACUGUCACCCUGCCCCAGUCCGCACAACCUUGACGCAAUCCAAACCCAGCAGCAGCAGCACGAACAUAUGGCCACACUGACAGCGGCGUUGCUUAAGCAGCAGCAGCAGCAGUGUCACCCAGAGGCAGGCCUUCUGUCGGUAGAUCCUUUAUCGUUUUCCGCAGCCGACUUUGCUCAGCAGUUGCAGGUAGUGCCACCGCAAUCUCAGCUUGGGGCUUUCGGAGUCGCUGGCAUUAAUCAGCAAUCCUUGCAGGGCCUACAAAAUCUACAAAAUCUGCAGCACAUGCAGCAGCAAUUUAGUGCCGUUGCUGCCUCUUCGGGAAUGCCAAUUAACCCGGUGGACAUGCUCAACCUUAUGCAGUUCCAUCAUUUAAUGUCUCUUAACUUCAUGAAUCUGGCCCCACCACUGAUAUUUGGCGCGAAUACGGCCACCGGCAAUAAAACUUCAACAGCCGGUGCCCAAAACAACGGCAUGACCUCCUCUUCCUUAUCAGCACCAGCUUCCCAAACCCCCGACAUGCAGAUUGGAAGCGGAGUAUGUAACUUGACUGGAGAAUCCUCCAACGCAAACAAUCCCACGGCCCAGCAUAGCGUCAAUAGUAACUCUCAGAUGAACAACAACCAAAAGCGAGCUCGCACACGCAUCACAGACGAUCAGUUAAAAAUAUUGCGGGCACAUUUCGACAUAAAUAACUCGCCCAGCGAGGAGAGCAUUAUGGAGAUGUCGCAGAAGGCGAAUCUGCCAAUGAAGGUGGUCAAGCACUGGUUCCGAAACACACUGUUUAAAGAACGACAACGCAAUAAGGACUCACCCUACAAUUUCAAUAACCCACCGUCAACUACCCUAAACUUGGAGGAGUACGAGCGCACAGGCCAGACCAAGGUAACACCCUUAAAUGAUAUUGUCAGUUCAGCGACGCCCGCAACCAUACCCACGUCGUCAGCGGUUUUGUCGGCUCCAUCCGGAAACGCAAACUCUAAGGAGAACACAAAUGCCACGGUGUCGGCACCUGCAAUCUUGCCUGCUCCUGUCUCUGGUUCCGCAUCCCGCCCAGCGUCAACCAACUCAAGUGGCAAUAUAUCCGAUUAUUUAAGCAGCAAUUUGUGUUUUGGACAGCAAGAGAGCAAAGAACAGAGCCAGCCGUGUCCCGUGGAAGUGCAAAUAAAAUCGGAGCCGCAGGACGAGACGAUUGUGUCCAGUGAACUUGCAUUUCUCAGAAAGCAACAGCAGCAACAGCAAGGCUUUCAUUUUUUUAAGCAUCAACAGCAGCAGCAAGGUGAUCCUCCGGAGCAGUCCCAGCUUCAAGAUCCUGACACCCUACAAGAUCAAUCGCUUCUCGGAGGCGCAUCGCUUGCAGUUCAUUGCCACAACCAGCAGCAACUGCAACAGCAACAGCAGGCACAAACGAAUAGCUGCGAAACCAAAUCAGAGAGCGGAAGUUCUGAUGUAAUGUCGCGUCCACCAACUCCAAAUAGUGUGGCUGCAAGCAAUUUGUAUGGCAGCAUGAAUGACUUGCUGAGCCAUCAGCUAGAAAACAUGGGGAGCAACAUGGGUCCUCCCAAAAAAAUGCAAAUUGCUGGCAAGACAUUCGACAAAGGCACGGCCCCCGUGUCCAGCUCGGCAACAGCAUGCAAUCAGUUUGAGAGUAAUUCCUCUAGCUCGUCGAAUUCAUCGUCGACGUCGGGAGGUAAACGGGCAAACAGAACACGUUUCACGGACUAUCAAAUUAAGGUAUUGCAGGAGUUCUUUGAGAACAAUUCAUAUCCAAAGGACAGUGAUCUAGAGUAUUUAAGCAAACUGCUGCUCUUGUCACCCCGUGUCAUAGUGGUGUGGUUUCAGAAUGCCAGACAGAAGCAACGCAAGAUUUACGAAAAUCAGCCAAAUAAUUCACUUUUCGAGAAUGAAGAGACGAAGAAGCAGAACAUUAACUAUGCGUGCAAGAAGUGUAGCCUGGUGUUCCAGCGCUACUACGAGCUAAUACGUCACCAGAAGAAUCACUGCUUCAAAGAGGAAAACAACAAAAAGUCGGCCAAAGCCCAGAUUGCUGCUGCGCAAAUUGCCCAAAAUCUAAGUUCGGAAGACUCGAACUCUUCCCUGGAUAUACAUCAUGCUGGCAUCUGUCCUCCGGGUCCUAUGGGGCCGCUGGGUUCACAGAUAAUUUCUGCCGCCCCUGUGUCUAUCGUAACCCCAUCUACACACGCAGGGUCCCAGCCUUUUGGUGCUUCGCCCUCGCCACAGCAUAUAUUUAGCAAGUCGUCAUCACUCACCGACUUUAGCCCAUCCACGACUCCAACGCCUCCGCAGCGGGAACGAAGCAAUAGUUUGGACCAGCCGCAUCGAACCGCAUCAAAGUUUGACUGCGACAAAUGUGACAUGCAGUUCAUCCAUCUGGAGCUAUUGCGUGAACACCAAAUGAUGCAUCUGAUGAAUCCAACAGCACUCUUGGCCGCUGCCGGUCAACACCCCAAUCCAGACGCGAGCUAUGGUCCAUUCGGUAGCAUACUGCAAAGUCUGCACAAUGCAGCGGCCCAUCAGCAGCAGCAUCAACAGCCUCCAACAAAAAAGCGAAAAUACUCGGAUAGCUCUUCCAACGCAGAUGAUGUAACGUCCGUGGGGGAGAUGGAGACCCCACAAAAGAAAUAUGAAUUCCUAUAUCAAUAUUUUAUGCAGCAUGAAACGAACUCCGAGCUCAAACAGCAGUUCCUAAUGCAGCACCAGCAACAGCAGCAGCAGCAGAAAGGAAAUGAAACGGAUUUUGAAUUGGAGUUUUUAACUAAUUUCUAUCAACAGAGCGAGCUGAAGAAUGUCAGCAACUAUGACUUCUUGCUACAAUAUUAUCGCAAAAGUGAAGAAAUAUCCUUGAACACAAAGUCGCCACAGCAGACAUUCAGCUCCAGCAAAAAGCCAACGAUUGAGUUCCUGUUGCAGUACUAUCAGCUUAAUGAGUCGAAAAAGUUUUUUCAGUUAGUUGCCUCGCCCCAAACGAUGCCUGAUGGUCAAGGGUACCAACCGUCGUCGCAGUUGCCGAACGCGACGGCGGAUGAAACCAUGAAUGUUAUCGGCGAACCAGAAGAGGGACAGAAAUUACAAGACCAGUCACAGAAUAAUCAAGAGCACUCUAACGUCGGGAGAAAACGUCUUGGAAAAGCCGACUUGGCCGGCGACGACAAGAAAGAACAGGAAAAGUUGAAUAAUAACAGCAUUACAAUCAACUCGAGUUCAUCUGAAUCAGCUCAGUUCACACCAGUUAGAGUUGAAGCAUGCGAGACGCAAUCAAUUGAAAUCAGAGACCAUCAGCAACCGGCAGUGACACCCACUUUAAUGUCGAUCACUGAGGAUGAAAAAUCUUUAUUUGGCAGGUCACCACAAAAAAACGAUAAAGAGAAGUCGCAGUUUUUUCAAAACCUUGAGGACUUUUUGGAUGCCACAAUGAUUGAAAACAACUCUCAAACUCUAACUUUUAACGAUGACGACACUGCUAGGCAGAAAGAUGAUGCUAAAAUCUCCUCAAACCAUAAGGUCCAUGAAAAUGUAAAUUCAGUGUCUCCGGUCAAUGCCCCAUCUAAGCAGAACAAGCGCCUACGCACGACAAUACUUCCCGAGCAAUUGAACUUUUUGUACGAAUGCUAUCAAUCCGAGUCGAAUCCCAGCCGAAAAAUGCUUGAGGAGAUAUCCAAGAAAGUAAACCUGAAGAAACGUGUGGUACAGGUUUGGUUUCAAAACUCACGUGCCAAAGACAAAAAAUCUCGAAAUCAGCGGCAUUAUUCGCAUAUUUCGGAUGACAAUAGCUACGACGGCUCCAGUGGCAAAGAGGUUGGUAAUGACAUGAAGGGAAAGUGCGUCUCCGUUGUACAGGACCACGACAUGGAUUUGCAGGACUGCCAGCUUUGCCAAGUCACGCAAGUCAACAUGCAAAAGCACGCUUUUAGCGUAGAGCAUAUAUGCAAAAUGAAGGAGCUUCUUGAACAAACCACCGAACUAUAUGCCAACAGUAAUGGCAGUGGCAGCGACGAUAACGAUUCCGACAGAGAAAAGCGCUUCUACAACCUAUCAAAAGCUUUUCUAUUACAGCACGUUGUUUCCAACGCUGCUAGCAUAUCGACACAACGCCAUGCGCCAGGUGCUGGUACUGGCCCAGACACAGAUGUGCUCCCAGAAAAGAACUGUCUGCUUAACUUUGACGCCGCUUCUUGCGAGAGCAAAGGCCAUAUUAAGCAUCAUUCGGCUUCCGACGUUGGAAGUAAGGAUGUACAAAAUGUCGGUGGAAAUCAGGAUCUCAUGCAACAACUAUUCAACCGAAAUCAUAUCACCGUUAUAGGUGGAAAAUGAACUGAAGGGCUACCAUUAUCUUGUCAUUGUGGAUAAGGAUUAGAGGGCAGAUUAUGGAGAAAGGACGAAGAAUAUGAUUAAAACACUUGAUGUGAAGGAUAAUUACACUCCAGCAUACAUACAUAUUAACCAUACUAUGCAAACUUGAAAGUUCCUAUUUUAUAGAAAUACAUACAUACAUAAAUGAAAUUUUUGCCAUUUCAUGAUACUAAAAAUGAAUACAUGUAUAAGAAAUCUCACGAAUACCUAUGUACUUCAACCUUAGUAUGAAUUGCAAAAUGAUACGGAAGUGUUCCUAACUAUUCAAAAUAUAAAUAUAGCAAUAAUCGAAAAGUUUAUACAUAUAAUUGCAGAAAUGGAAGGUUAAACGUUUAUAGGCCAUGGCAGCUUCUACCAAAAGUAAAUAUUAUGACAUAUAUAUAUACUGACUUAACAAAAGCAUUAGAUUUAAUGAGAUGCAAACUGAGUUCCUAGCAUUUGAUUGCUUUAUGCCUUUGUUUUCUAUUUUAGAAUAUAAUCAUAGUCACAAGAAUACAAUUAAUACUUAGAAGCUACUUCGGCUUGCCGAAGUCCCUUUGGACACCUAUCAAAAACUGAUACAUGCUUAGUCUUUAAAGUAUAUCCUUACGAUUAAAGUUUUGGAUCAGUGUGCAGUGUGGAGUGUGCAUCAACGAAACGAACAAAAGAUAAGAACUAUUGUUUUAUUAUUACCUAAAAACGCGGAGGUUAAAUGUGCCAAGGAUUUAUUUCGCGAAGCAUGCAUAUAAAUACAUAUGUACAUUUGUAUGUUCAUAUGUACAUAUGUACCUUCAUGGUUAGCACAUUCUAUGACUAAAGCCACAUUAUUAUUUAAUAUUCGCUUUCGAAUGAGUUUCAGUUUCUAUUACAAAAUAUUAAUAUACUGUCAUGUGUAUUUAGAGCUGCUUGGCUUUAAUAGCACACGGGUUCGAUUGUUGGAUAAAUGGAUACCCAGAAAAAUUACUCUUAUUUAGUCCUGUCAGAUAGCAUCCUUGUUAAAUAUGUAUUUGUUAUUAAAUAUCACACUAUUAUUUACUAUUUACUUAAUUCUUAUUUAUUAUUUUGAAGAUCUAAAGAGCUAAAACGUUAGGCAGUGGUUACAACCAAUAUAUUUCACAAUUACAUAAUUUUGUAAGGCUUCCUAUUACAGUUCUGAGUUUUUUGUGGGAAAGCUCAACAUAAAUAUCAUACUGUUACAUACAUAUGCUUAUGUUUGAACUCUUCUUGCCGUACUUCCAUCUAGUUAAAAGACUUCAAAAACACAUGGGCUAGCCAAAUAGCUAAAUGAAAACAGAUUUGAGAAGCUUAAGAGCGAUUCAAUUUCUUAAAAAAUCGUAUUGAAACUCAGUUGAUACUUAUGUUCCUUUCACCUUCUCUCUCCAUUAUACACGUACUCCCAACAUAGCCUAAGUGUAGACUAUGUUAAGAGAGUUAAGAAAAACUUUACUAAAAAGUUCCUAUAGUAUUUAAUAU